CUCCCUGAGGAAUGCCAGACCAAUAUCUGCUCAGUUCUCAAUUAAUCAUCCUAUCCAACAUUACUCAUUUUAGCCCCAUGUUCUACCUCACUGGAUUUCCUGGUUUGGAAGCCAUUGAACACUGGAUUUUUAUCCCCUUUUUCUGUAUGUACCUGGUGGCCAUCUCUGGCAAUUUUCUCAUUCUGAUAAUUAUUAAUAUCAACCCUCAUCUGCACACACCCAUGUACUAUUUAUUAUCCUUGCUUGCCCUCACUGACCUGGGGCUGUCAGUGUCCACCUUGCCUACCACAAUAGGUAUCUUUUGGUUCAAGUCCCAUAGUAUUUACUUUGGAGCCUGCCAAAUCCAGAUGUUCUGCAUUCACUCAUUUUCUUUUAUGGAGUCCUCAGUGCUCCUUGUCAUGUCCUUUGAUAGAUUUGUGGCUAUCUGCUAUCCCUUGAGGUAUUCAGUCAUCAUCACUGUCCAACGAGUGAUAAGGGCAGGCCUAUGUGUCACCUUCCGGGGACCUGUGGCCCUUAUUCCUAUUGUCCUCCUCCUGAAAACCUUUCCCUACUGUGGACCUCUAGUCCUCUCUCAUUCAUUUUGCCUGCACCAGGAAGUGAUACACCUGGCGUGCACAGACACCACCUUCAACAACUUGUAUGGACUGACACUGGUGAUGUUCACUGUGAUGCUGGACCUGGUGCUCAUUGCACUGUCCUAUGGAUUCAUCCUACACACGGUGGCAGGACUAGCUUCCCCAGAGGAACAGCUCCGAGCCUUCCAGACUUGUACUUCACAUCUCUGUGCUGUGCUAGUGUUCUUUGUGCCCAUGAUGGGACUAUCCUUGGUGCACCGCUUUGGGAAACAUGCCUCACCAGCUUUCCACCUUCUUAUGGCCAACAUCUACCUCUUUGUUCCUCCCAUGCUUAACCCAAUCAUAUAUACUAUUAAGACCAAGGAGAUCCGCCGUGCCAUCAUCAAACUCCUAGGCCUUAGAAAGGUCAGUUCUGAGCCCUGGGAUGAAGGAUGAAAUGU